CACAAGAAGGAAAAGAAUCGCAAAAAACGGUUCCGAAAACGGCCUCCGCUCGCGCCCUCCCGACCCCUCAACGCGAACCCCUUCGACCCGAAGGACAACUCAUCGCAAAACCCGUUCUCCGUCUUCGAGAACCUCUUCUCACAACCCAUGCAAAUGUUUGGUCCGAUUUUGUCGCAGAUUUUGGGAUCUUUUGGACAACAAUUGAAUUCAGACAACGACUCGAACGCCACUUCUCUCGCGCUCAACAAUCCCUUCAAUAACAGCCAAUCGGCGCUGACUUCCAUGUCUUCGGCGACAAUGACGUCACGACCUGUCGUUACGGACGACGACGACGACGACGAACGCAAACGCAAAGCGAAAGAACGCAAACAUCGGGAAAACAGUUCCCGAAAAGUGUUAUUUCGUAACAAA